UUUCAAGCAUCUUAUUAUGGUUGUAUUAAGAUGUCCAUGGUCAUUUGCCUUUGCUUUUAGCACGGAGAAGGGAGAUGAGCUCUGUUAGGGAUGGUAACUGGCAAAUCACAGAGCCUUUACCUCAGCGGGGAAACACACAACACAGUGUAUGAGGGGAAAGAUGGCACCAUGUCCAUCAGAGACUUCUGGGUUUUAAUUUUGUCAGUUUUGGGGCUCACCCUGUUUCACCGGACCUUAGCUCACAGCAUCCCACCGUCCCAGGACUCACCGAAGCGCUGAGGCGGCGGGUCCUCGGGCGGAGCGGAGGGCUGGGCCUCCCUACACCCCGCAGGCCCUAUUCACCCAUGGCACCGCCCAGGAACCGGCUCUGCCGCCCAAUGGCGAUUCAGCGAGCACGGGGCAGGACCACCUCCUCUCCGCUACUCCCCCUGUUCCAGCGCCGUCUGUGGUCCUGCCGUGGGGAGAGUUAUGGGGCAAAAGGCGUGCUGAGAGCGUGGCCCUAGGGCUCGGGUCGUGCUCCUCACGGCAUGGUGGCUCUGCGCCGCUAGGCCCUGCCCGGCCUGCGGUGCCUCCCCUGCCAUGCCGAGCAGCAGCGCCGCAGCGGCCUCCUGUGCCGCCGAGCUGCCGCACCUCCCCUCCCACCCGCUGCCGCUGCUCCAGCAGCACAUCUCCGGCUCCGGCUUCCGCCACCACAGCCUGCCCGCUGGAGGCAGCGGAGUGAUGGGGGGGGGCAGGCAGCGGGCGGUCUUGGCGCCGCCGCCCGACUCCCUCGGGGAGCCGAGGCUUGGCGGAGCGGGGGAGGCGGCGGCGAGGGGUAAGGGAGAUCUGGAGCUUGAAGAAGAGGACGAGGAGGACCACCUGGCCGCGCUGCUGCUGCUCUCCACGUCUUCCUCGCCCUCUCAGCCCCUCCCGCUGCUGCCGGCGUUGGGAUCCGUCCUGCUCUCGCCCGCUCUCGAUGAGCAGGAGGCAGCGGCGGGGGCGCACGAUCCUGAGGGCGUGAUGGCGGCAAUGCUGUCCCACGCUUACGGCGGCGGCCUGAGUGCCGGCGGUGAGGUGGGCCUCAGCGGUGAGCAGAAGGCGCUGCUCCGCGGAAAGAGCGUCAACACCACCGAGUGCGUGCCCGUGCCCAGCUCUGAGCAUGUGGCUGAGAUCGUGGGCCGCCAGGCAAGUGAUGUCUGGCCACUUACUGGGAAGCGAGGCUUCAGCAUGUGCAGCAGUUACUACAGAAGACAAACAUUGUAUGCAGUGUUAUGCUCUGCAGACCAGCAGCUGUUGGCCUUGUGGUACUACCAUCCAGUGUUUCAGUCAGGUUGCAAAAUAAAAGCACUAAGGGCCAAGACAAAUACUUACAUUAAGACCCCUGUUCGUGGAGAAGAACCUGUCUUUGUUGUCACUGGGCGAAAGGAGGAUGUAGCCGUGGCUAAAAGGGAAAUUCUCUCAGCUGCUGAACACUUCUCCAUGAUCAGAGCAUCACGCAACAAGAGCGGUCCUGCCCUGGGAGGCCUGCCAUUUACCCCUAACCUGCCAGGUCAGAUGACAGUCCAAGUCAGGGUGCCUUACCGUGUAGUUGGGCUGGUGGUUGGACCAAAAGGAGCUACAAUCAAAAGAAUUCAGCAGCAGACCCAUACCUACAUAGUCACCCCCAGCAGGGACAAGGAGCCAGUCUUCGAAGUCACAGGAAUGCCUGAAAAUGUCAACUGUGCACGUGAGGAGAUAGAGAUGCAUAUAGCCAUGCGUACUGGGAACUACAUCAAGUUGAAUAAAGAGAAUGAUUUCCACUACAGUGGUACAGAUGUGAGGUUUGAAGGAGGCACUCUCAGGUCUGCAUGGCUUGCUUCUAAUCCUGUCCCUCUUAGCCGCACCAGAAUGAUUUCUAAUUACAGGAAUGACAGCUCCAGCUCCUUGGGAAGUAAUUCCACAGAUUCCUGUUUUGGAAGCAAUAGAUUGGCUGACUUGAGCCCAACAAGUCCGUUCAGCACAGGCAACUUUUGGUUUGGAGAAACAUUGCCUUCAGUGGGCACGGAAGACCUCACGGUUGACUCUCCUGUGUAUGACUCCAUAUCAAUGCCUUCCCAAACCAUUUGGACUCCUUUUGAACCUGUAAACCCUCUCCCUGGCUUUGGUAGUGACCCUGCUAGUAAUGUCAAGCCUCAAUGCCGAGGGAGACGGCCAUCUACUCCUUGCCUGUCACCCACAUUUCCAGAAAGCCUGGAUCACCUGCUGGCUGGGAGAGUGAGUAGUGACCCACCUAGCACUGGCCACCAAGUAGGCCUUCCCAUCUACAUCCCUGCAUUCUCCAAUGGCACCAACAGCUAUUCAUCUUCCAAUGGUGGCUCCACGUCCAGCUCGCCCCCUGAGUCGAGACGGAAGCACGACUGCAUGAUGUGCUUCGAGAACCAAGUCAUUGCGGCCCUGGUCCCCUGUGGUCACAAUCUCUUCUGCCUGAAGUGUGCCAACAAAAUCUGUGAAAAAGAAGUCCCAUCAUGUCCUCUUUGCCAGACAGCUGUUACUCAGGCAAUUCAAAUUCACUCUUAGAUAGAGAUAUUAUAGAGAUAUUAUAAGUGGACUUUUAAAGACUCUAAAAGGCAUAGAUGUAAUGGUACCCACUAGUAAACUUUCUAAUGAAUUCUGACUGUUGGACUUCCUUGGGAUUAGGCUGAAGUUAUUAAUAAAUUUUUACUUUCUCAAAAGGCUGCUAUGGUAACACUAAACUUAAGUGAUCUGUCUGGUUCAGUGUAAGCAGAUGGCAUGUUUAGCAGAGAUACAUCUGGGGUAAUGUUAUGGCACAGUGAGGACAAAUUUUUAUAAAGUACACAACUUAAAAAACCCUCAAAUUUUCCAGGCCUUUCUAAAGGAUCUCUGUUAAUUGUUUGGCUUCUGUGAGCUGGCAGCAAUGAACCUUGUUGCCUAAAUGCAAAAGUACUUGUCUGCUAUGGAGGAUGUGUGAUAUCAAUAUAUCAAACACUUCCAAUGCUCUCUUCUACCAGUUUUGAGGAAAUAUUUUUUGCUUUAUGUGACAACUUAUGCCUACUUCUUCAGCAUUGCAAAUAUCUAUUAAAGCAUAGUUUGAUUUAUUGAAAUGGAUUGUGUUAUUGGCAGGUUCAGAUAAUAAAUGACAGUGAGGUGGGAAGAGAGAAGCUGCUAGAUGCACCUCCAUUUUGUCCUUGAUAAGGGCAGUAUGUCCAGAGGAUCAGGAAUGUCUCAAUUUGUGAAUUCCUACCCACUGCUUUUUUGUUAGUGUAAUGUGGAAAAAGUCUGGCUGGCUUCAUCCAGUUAGAGUAAGGGCUUUGGGAUGCACAUACUUUGACUUAGAGUGAUGAUGCUGCCAUUCUGUUCAUUAGUCUGAUCAAGCUGUUCUUUACCUUUUUAGAGGGUAUAUAGUUCAAAAUGUGAAGCAUUUUUAUGUUCAAUUCAUGUCUUACACAUAAAUAUAUAUUUUUAGUAAGAAAAAGGAACAGUUGUGUAAAUGCCCUUGUAUUCAUGACAGCAGCUGUGACAGUGGCCCUGUAAUCAGUUUACUUCAUUUCAAAACUGUCUUUCAAAAAAAAAAAGUCUCUUGAAUGAGGUUCUUACAUUUCAACCUGUGGAUGUUUCUAGCUUUUUCAUCCUCAGUACAUUCUCGAAUCUGUGCUGACAUAUUAAAACAGCAAAAACAAAAAAAAAGACACAAAAGAAGAGUGCUGAUGUAGUUUUGUUCUCUUUUUUAAAGCAUUAUUUUCCCAAUACAAUCUUUUUCUCAGUGUAACAAAAAAAAAGAAAUUGUGUAUUAAACUAGUAAAUAUGCAGAAAAUUUUAUUUUUAUCUCCACUUGAAGAGUUAUAUUUCGAAUAAAAGUUUACAACCAGGAGUUGCCUUGAAGGCAUAUUAUAUACUGCAUAACUUUAAUACUAUAAUUGCUUGUAGGAUAGUUACAUGUCAGUAUUAAAAUCUGAUCUCUAGCUGCAGUCUUGUAGAUGGGAACAAAUGUUCACUGAGCGUGUAUUUUGUUUUAUUGCGUUGUACACUGCAACUAAUAAGCCAAGGAAUCAACAGACAUUAGGUGCGUGUACCAUUUCUAUAUACCACAAACCAAGAAUAAACUGAUGAACUAUUGAUCUAGCUUAGUAUUUGCUAAUUUUACUACACUCUUUGUUAUGUAUAUGUAGGGAGGUCAUAGGGAUUAUAAAUUCAAAUUUGGUAAAGUUUAAAAUCUAUAUAUUUUAUGAUAAAGGGCCUUUAACUUACGAUGGCCAAAGCACUGAUAUUGUAUAUUUGCUGUAAAGAGAAUUAUAAGAGUUUUAUUUUUCUGAUAUUAAAAGUUACUUAAUAAAGACUUGUUUCCAUUAACUUGAA